AUGGCCAGGGUGCCGGCGGGGGCAGAGGGCGACGCGCCCUCCUCGCCCCCAGAAACCUUGCCCCGGUCUGUAGGUGAAGACUCCCGCUUCCCCGCCCAGGGGUACCUCCUGAGCGGGGCAGAGCCCUCUCCUCCGGCCCCGCGCCCCUUCUCCGGACAGCCGCGCCCGCCCCCCUCAGCAGCCCCUCAGCAGCCCCUCAGCGCGGCGCCCCCUGGCGGGCUUAGGGAAAGACUCGAGUCCAGAGAAAGCUGCCGGACCAGGGACCCUCGGCCCAUGCAAAGGGUGGUCUCGGGCCUGCUGGGUGCCGGGCACAGAGACGACCACCCGGCUUCUCUGCCUGUCUGCGUGCGGUGCGUCCCGGGCCUCGGUUUCCCAGGCAGCUGCCGCCUGCUCCGCCACCACCCCUGCCUUCUACUUCCGGCAGCUCUUCCUCUCCACCUCCACCCAGCCCCAGCCCGCGCAUGCGUCCCGCCCCCACCACUUCGUACUGGGCUCUUCCCUGGGCUCCGCCUCUCAGGAACCAAUCCGGGCAGAAGCAUGUCAAGCAUCAACUGUUCAAGACGGUGA